UUUCAUAAACACAGCCACUCCCUGAUAUGUAUCUCUUUUAUCAAAACAAGAAUCGACAAACAAGAGGAAAUUAAGGUGAGAGACAGUCGAAUAGAGAGAUAACCAGUAAUGGCUACUCUGCUAAUUAUACCUUUGAAUACUCUGAAAACCACUCUACCACCUAUCCAUGAACGUUUCUUGCCAAUUUUUAAACUCAGCAAAUCUAAAUCUUUCAUCUUCCAAAGCAAACUCUUUUCACUAAACCCUAAAACUCUCAUCAAAUGCUCAUCAUCUGUGUCACGUCUAACUCCACAACUAGACGACGAAACCCUAGUUUAUAACCAAGAAGACGAGAGGCCUCUAAGCCAAAUUUGGAAAGAAAUUCAAGGCUGCAAUGACUGGGAAGGACUUUUAGACCCAAUGAACUCUCAUUUACGCAAAGAAAUCAUUCGGUACGGAGAAUUCGCUCAGACAUGUUACGAUUCUUUCGAUUUCGAUCCUCACUCCAAGUAUUGUGGCACGUGCAAAUAUCAAGGCGCUCAUUUCUUUGAUAAACUUGACAUGCAAGGACAUGGUUAUCAAAUAAGUAGGUAUCUUUAUGCGACUUCAAAUAUUAAUCUUCCAAAUUUCUUUCAAAAAUCUAAACUAAGCAGCGUUUGGAGUAUCCAUGCAAAUUGGAUGGGUUACGUUGCUGUUUCCACCGAUGAAGAAGAAAUCCAACGGCUAGGCCGUCGCGAUAUAGUUAUAGCAUGGAGAGGUACAGUUACUUAUCUUGAAUGGAUAUAUGAUCUCAAAGACAUACUUUGCUCUGCAAAUUUCACUAACGAUCCAUCAAUAAAGAUCGAAUUGGGUUUUUAUGAUUUAUACACCAAGAAAGAAAACUCUUGCAAGUAUUGCACAUUUUCUGCUCGUGAACAAGUUUUAGCUGAGAUUAAAAGGCUUCUUGAUUAUUAUAGAGGCGAAGAAAUUAGUAUUACAAUUACGGGUCAUAGCUUAGGAGCAGCUUUGGCUAUAUUAAGUGCCUAUGAUAUUGCAGAAAUGAAGGUUAAUUACAUGGAUGAUAAAACUAAAAUUCCCAUCACUGUCUACUCUUUUUCGGGCCCUCGAGUUGGAAAUUUAAAGUUUAAAGAAAGAUGCGAAGAGCUUGAUGUUAAGGUGUUAAGAGUGAUUAAUGUGCAUGACAAGGUACCAAAAGUACCAGGAAUAUUUGCUAAUGAAAAAUUUCAAUUUCAAAAAUACGUAGAGGAGACAAUGUCAUUUCCAUGGAGCUAUGCACAUGUUGGUGUAGAACUUGCAUUAGAUCAUACACAUAGUCCAUUUUUAAGACCAACAAACGACCUGGGUUGUGCUCAUAAUCUUGAAGUCCAUUUGCAUUUAGUAGAUGGGUAUCAUGGGAAAGGAAGAAAGUUCGUUUUAGCGACAAAAAGAGAUAUUGCAUUAGUUAACAAGAGUUGUGAUUUCUUGAGAAGUGAAUAUGGUGUGCCACCGCAUUGGCGGCAAGAUGAGAAUAAAGGGAUGAUCAGAAAUAGAGAAGGGCGAUGGGUGGUGCCGGAUAGGCCUAGAGUGGAGGCACAUCGAGCUGAUACGGCCCACCACCUUGAACAAGUGCUCAAGACUAAAGCAAACUCCUCUUAAGUGGAAGCACUUUGAAAGUUUGAAUUUGAUGUGGUAACCACUACGAACUUUGCGUGUGUGCGUGUCUGGGCCUUAUCUCCUCAGUGUCCUAUAUAUGUAUGUAUGUAUGUACAUAAAUGUGAUAGAUCGUCCUUGUGCUAUAAAAUAUAUAUAAUACUUAUAUAUAUUAAAGAGGAA